AUGCCCAUCAAGAGAAGUCGGCUUCUCGGCAACGCGACUUUACUGCUUGACUGCCUGUUCUGCUGCCCUCUCUAGAGGCCAGGAUGGUUCGCCUGAAAUCUGGAGAGCAGCGCGUCACAAGAAAAAGCAGUGACGAAUCAGUUUAUUCCCGACUUCCGAACGGUUUAGGCGCACUUUCUGGCGCGUUCCGAAAGGGUCCCUGGUUGGCCUGAAAUUGUGUAUUUGGGUAUUUAUUGUGUUGAAAUCACUUGUUUUAUGUGCCAUUCUGAAGAUAAAAGACGCGAUCUUUAAGAGGCGAAGACACCAAACUGUGCGAGUGAUCUAGUGAAGGAAUUACCUGAGCUGGGGAUCCUGGUGGUGGCUUAAGCCGAAGAAGAAUGAACAAACGAGAAACUUGAAAGCUCACCACCAGUUAAAAGGUAUUAAAAGAGCCGCAAUCAGCUUAAGCCCUAACUAAGCACCUGAGAAGAGGUAGCUGGUGGUGGCGGUGGCAAAGGUUCGUGAUAUCUACACGCCCGUUUGCUGACCUGUUGUGUCUGAGUCUGCAUGCAAAACGAAAAGAGAGUGAACCUCAGAGACCGGCCGAUUAUCGCUUAAUUUAACGAUCUGUUGAAAGAAGUUCGAACGAAUUCUCAACGUGAAGAAAUCGUAUAAAAACAAAAUAAAAUAUUUGCACCAAUAAGAAAAGAAAAGAAGCAGUGAAAACGGCGCAAAGUGUAAACCCUAAAAAAACAAGAAGAGUUAGAAAAAAAGAUCAUCGGUAGCCAGAAGAGAUGUUAGCCAGACCCCAAGCGACGUUGGUGAAUGGAAUGAGUGUUAGAUAUCACUGCUGAGUUGUGCCAAAUUGUGCGAUUCAUCAAAAUCAGUUUCGGUUGGAGCGGAUCGUGUAAAUAAAUACGAGUGCUACCAAGCUGCCGGACUGAACUGUUUCGAUACAAUAACCUGCAAACGAUCCGACGGUUGUUGGCCAAUUCGUGGAUCGCGACCCGGCACCACGGUUGUUUGACCAACUUAGACCUCUAAAGUACACCCAAAGCUCGUAAAAGAAAACUAUUUGUGAAAAGAGAAAAACAGGUUUUCAUUCAGUGUACGUGUGUGUUUGUGUGUUUGUGUGUUUAGUGUAAUAGUAUAAUGUGAAAGUAGGAAAGAAAAUAACGACUCUGCCAAGUGUACAUCAGCCGUCGCCGACGAAGCCGCCGACACCACCUUGUGUACAUUUUCCGACAAUUUCCAAACAUUCAAGUGCACCACCACUCGGGGAAAGGCAAGAAAAAAUCUAUUCAGAUUAAAAGUUCCGACCUACACAACCAGCCAGCGGCCAGGACCGACUUCAUUAGAGAGCGGGGCACCCAUCGACAGCAACCUCCGACUCCGAAAAGAUUUCACCCGGCCACCGACGAAGAACAUCGCCACAACCCAUCCCCUGGCGAUGGCACCCCAUUAAUAUCCGAUGAGUAGAGCACGACGGCGACGACGACGACCAAGUUCUGGAAAAUGGUGAAACAUAAAAGGUCCUUUUGCUUCCGACUAUCCAACGUGCUUCUGCUGCGUCCGAGGACGACACUUCUCAGCCUGGUCUGGCCACGUGCUGGUGGUGGAGGAAGGUGGGGUGGGGCAGUCCAACGAAAGUCCAUCCAGCUGCUGCUGCUGGUGCUGGCGUACUGCAACGGGUUCACCGAUGCCAGCUGGUGGAGGGUGGCGGACCUGUCACUGGACGUGAAACACUUCCACCGGGACAACCGAAGCUUCGAGAUUUGCAGCGAGAACACGUACUUUACGCAGCACCAGCGCGAAAUUUGCUACAACAAUCCGGAACUGUUGAAAGUUAUAGUCAACGCAGCCAACAUUGCCAAGUAUGAGUGCCAAAGCUACUUCCAAAAUAGUCGAUGGAACUGUUCCGUCAAACGUGGAUCGGAAAUUUUGUAUGGAAAUUUAGACGAUAAUGGAAACCGCGAAACGGCCUAUCUGAGCGCCAUCAAUGCGGCCUCGCUGGCCUGGACCAUCACGCGGUACUGCACCAAGGGUGAACUGACCAUGUGCACCUGUGACCACAUCCAGCGCAAGAAGCACAGCAAGUGGACCUGGGGCGGCUGCUCCGAGGACGUUAACUACGGCAUCAAACAGGCCCGCCAGUUUGUGGACCCCCAGGAAGAUCGCUCGUCCAGCUUUGGGCUGAUGAAUCUACACAACAACGAGGCUGCUCGAAGAACACUGCGAGCUAAAAUGCAAAAAGUGUGCAAGUGUCACGGAAUGUCCGGAUCGUGCACGACGCGCGUCUGCUGGCGCCGGUUACCACCGAUGAAACAGAUGGCCGACACCUUCGGCUCGAUGUUUGAUGCCGCCGCUCUAGUCAAACCUGUUGAAAACAAGGGCGUCAUCAAAAAGCUGAAGCGAAAGGACUCACAGUAUAAGAAGGUCAACAAGUCCGACCUUGUGUACAUUGCCGAAUCUCCCGAUUAUUGCGAAGAGAAUGACAGCCUCGGCAUCUUCGGCACCCGGGGACGCUUCUGCAAUCGCACCUCGUACGGCAUCGAGGGUUGCCGGCUGUUGUGCUGCGGCCGCGGCUACCAGACCCGGAUCCGCAACGUCGAGGAAAAGUGCAACUGCAAGUUUGUUUGGUGCUGCUCUGUCAAGUGCGACACGUGCAGCGUCCGAAAGGACGAGUACAUUUGCAACUAAGAGAGGCCACAGAGAGAGAAUGAAGGUAGUUUGAUCAGUGUAAAUUAUUACCAUUUUUGCGACUAUAGAGUAAAUAUUCACAAACUCACACACAAACAGCCAUUUUGCACAAUUUACUAAUGCCAUUUUGUCUCAAAGUUUUUUGUAUAUUUUUUGGAGGAAGACUCGAACCGUUAGCGUAAAAGAUAAGUCGAUUUUCAAAGUAUUUCCUCUCAACUCAAAAGAUUUGAUGUAAUAUUCAGAAAGGUCUUAACGAAACAAAUCGAUCGAACUUGGAUUCAUGAUAUUCACAAUACACUGCUUGUUGUAAAUCAUAAUUUCGAAAUGUAUUUGAAGAAGAAAACGAAGAAAAAACAGCAGCAACGAACGUCUAAAUGUUUCCAGUAUUUUUAUAUUCACAUUACGAUAAGUAAGCAUUUGCAUUCUGUGAUUUCUUUUUGUUUUGUAGUAUUGAUUUUAUUUAAUGAUAUAGAGGAAUAAUGCAUAAGAUUAGUGUUUAAGAAUAAGUGUUAAGACGACAACCAGCUACUCAUUGGUAGUGAAGCAAAAAAAAAAAAGAAGCAGCACACAAAUCCUAAUUACCAAACGUGAAUAAUAAAAACAGAGAUCAAAACCCUGCUAGAAAGUUUCCCCCAUUUCUCGUGAAUUGAAUCCAAAGUAGCAUUUAGCAAACCUGAAGAAAGAAAACAAACAAAAGAUUGUCGCAUCUAUCCGACCAUUUGUAUCAGUAAACUUGUGAAAUCAAAUGAAUAAAGCAAAAAAAAAAAACAAAUAAAGCUGAACGCCCCCCUUAUAACCAAA